CAUCCACUUAAGGGUUGCAAGUGGGGUAAAUGUUUUGUGGUGCUUACAUUUCGCUCUCGCCUGGGUACAUUGAUACACUCCUGAACUUGCAUCAAUUGCUAUAAUUUUGGUUAUUUUACAUCGACGUUGGGGCAACAUGUCGGUUGCGUCUGCAUCAAUACAGUUUUUUACUCGUUUGUUACGAUAUCGAACGAAAUGUGCCGUUCCGUUUCACGCAGCAUCUAGGAUUUUAAUAUCACCAUACCUGCCCCAGGUCUUUGGCGGUAAUAAGGUGCUACUGGGCACCAGUGCACAGCCACUCAGGUCAGAGGAGAAGGUGACUGUCUAUUUCAUCAACCGCAAUGGGCGGAAGAUCACCACUUCAAGUGCCAAGGGCAACAGUCUUCUAGACCUGGUGGUCGAACAAAACCUAGAUAUUGAAGGUUUUGGUGCGUGUGAGGGGACCCUGGCCUGUUCCACCUGUCAUGUGAUCCUGGAUCAGAAGGUGUAUAACCAGCUGGGGCCCAUCACUGAUGAGGAGAAUGACAUGCUGGACCUGGCCUUUGGCCUCACUGAUACGUCUCGUCUGGGUUGUCAGGUCUGCCUAUCCAGAGAUCUGGAGGGCAUAACGGUCCGUGUGCCAGACGGGGUGAACGACAUGCGGCGAUCUGACGAUGCUGGACCUACACUGUCACCAGGCUGCUCCUUAUGGCGCACACCUGUCACCAUCGUUACGCGUGUCUUCCGCUCUCAUAUGCCCAUAACCAUCUCUACCUCGCGAAGCCUUGUGUCCACCUCAGAUUCAACUCCUGGGGAUUUGGUGUCCUGA